GUGACGGGUGUUUGGGGGGAUAGAGGACAGCACAGGCUCAGACACACGGAAGUACUUAGAGGUGUUUGGGACGAGACACGGCAUUUUUCGGUCACAGGGCAUGGAGUUUAGCAAAUCUUUAAAAAGUUAUGAUACCGUGAUAACGGAGUAAGAACUUCGUCAACGCACUGCUUGGAAUUAUACCGUACUUGAGCUCAGGUGAACCACAAUAUGGAGGUACGGUGUCAACUAGCAGUUCGCUGGACACUCAGCGCUCUGCUCGUAUGGACAUUCUUUGUUCAAGGCUUGUUAUCUUCCGGUGAAAAGAAUGAUGGAAACAUAACAACCUUUGAUAAUGGAUUUUUGGCCUUCUUGGAGAAGUAUAACUACAAGGCUGGGUCCAUUGGCGUUAUGAUUGGCGGGAAAUUAGUUCAUGCGAAAGGUUUUUCCCUGGAAGAAGAAUCCACAUUGGGAAGUCCGUUGUCCGUUUCUCCAUCGUCAAGUUUUUCAAAAACCCUAACGGCCGCCGCCAUAUUGCGUCUGGUAGAGGCGGGAAAACUUGACUUAGAGCAGACCGUUUUCUGUACCCAAGGUAUCUUGCAUGAGCUGAAACCAUGGAACACCACUCACAUGGCCGACCGACGGGUUUUGGACAUCACUGUGGAGCAUUUGUUGCGUCAUACGUCCGGCUGGGAUGCUACGAAGGCGCCAAUGUUUGACCCUCUGUUGAAUCAGUUCUAUGUGUCAAAGGGUAACGAUGUGCCAAAUAUUGCCAGUGAGGCAGGCGCUGCUACGCCCUAUCACAUCAUCAGAUUCAUGCUGGGACGAAAACUAGACUUCAGUCCAGGAACAAAAAGUGUGUAUUCUAAUAUCGACUACAGUAUCUUGGGUAGAGUCAUUGUGGAGGUGUCUGGCAAUAGUUAUGAGACUUACGUAAAGAAGGCCAUCCUCAAUACGUGUGGAAUGUGGCAUACCCGUCUUGGAAAGCGAGUUUCCGACAAGAAAGUUCUGACAGCUAAUGAGGUGGCGUCUCUCUUAAGUAAAAAGCCAAAGCAUUCACCAGGAUUAUACCAGUCAUUAGGCCCGUUUGUCAUCGAUUCAGCACUCGGUUGGCACUCCAACGUCUUUGAUAUCAUGCGUUUUAUGCGAUGCCUGGAUGGGUCGGGGACAUUCAAACUGUUGACUUCACGCAGUAUGAAGAGGAUGACGAAAUUGCCGAGCAUUGCUCUGGUACAACACAGCGACACGUGGUACGGCGCGGGACUUGUCGUGAAGAGCACAGGGGAAUUGUGGGUAAACGGAGAUCACCACACGGACGAUAUGAUUAUCCACCAUUCCGGAUUCAGACGAGGAGAACGCAGAGGUCAAGUUUCGUGGGUGCUUCUCUGGAGGGAAAAACGGCAUGCAGAGCUUCGCCACGAGUCUAGGAAACUUUUCAAAUCUGUCAAAAACUGGCCAACCGAGGACCUUUUUAUCAGUGAUUUGACCGACUUUAGAUACGAUUCUCACUCCAAGUUCCCGCUUAUUAAACUGAAGCUGGGAGAACACCAUCUGAACGCUUUCGUCAACGCUGCCAAAUUCCAGAAGCAGAAAAUCACGUGGCUCUCUGCUCACUCCUCGCAAGGAGGUACGCACUUCACGGUGAUGACGUCACGCGUUGAAAGCCAUUCGGAACUGGACUACACCUUUGAAAGCGGAUUAACCAAGGAAGGAGUGGAACGCCACAGAAAGAAACUGAAAAGUUUUGGCUAUAAAUUAACUCAUCUACAAAGCUACAUCAGCCGCUCGCACGACUCUGGCGAAAGAUACGCUGUAUUUUCGAAUCGCUCCCGGGGAAACAGGACGGAAGAUGGGCUUCGGGUUGACCAUAAACAGUAUCAGAAGGUCUAUGAUAAGCUGAUCCACACCGGGUUCAUGCCCAAGGUGCAGAGUGUGACGUCAUAUCAAGGGUACCACGUAAAUUACAUAAUCGAAAGAAAAACGGAGAAGAAUUUCAAGAGCUACAUCGGUGUCAAACUGCCGGAACUGGAAGACCUAGUGAAAACUAAUGCAGAGUCGAGCAGAGGGUUGGUUUAUUUGGAUGCCACUUCCCACCAUGACAAACCUAGCUUCUCGGCAGUUUUCAGGCAUUCGUCACCCAUGAAACCGUGGGUGUUCCACGCCGAUCUGUCAGAGCGACAUCUCCACAAAAAAGUGCUGGAUUUGACCACAAAGGGUUGACUCCCCAAAUUAUCGUUAGAAUUCCUACCCGAGAGAAACAAGCGCGCUAUUCGGUCUAUUUUGUUGAACUCUGAAGCGAUGAUCAACACUUAUGCAUAUUUUCAGAAACAGUCAUUUGAAAAAUAUUGCACCGGACUCAUGCAUUAUUAGUGUCUACAUUAGUUUUUACAGCCUGCAUCACAGUGUUUAACCCAAUUCCUCCUUAUUAAAAGGUUUCAUACAUUCUGAAAAAAGUUUUUUACAUGC